UGUCGUCACCGGAAGGAGGCGAGCGGCGUCGGGACGAACAUGGCGACGGUGCUGCGAGGCUCCACGAAAUGGCUCUUCACCCGGGAACAAAUCGAAAAUACGCCGUCUCGCCGCUGCGGAAUCGAGCCAGACCGGGAGUUAUCAUACCGCCAGCAAGCUGCCAACCUGAUCCAGGACAUGGGGCAGCGGCUUAACGUCUCCCAGCUUACAAUCAACACUGCCAUCGUCUAUAUGCACCGAUUUUAUAUGCUAAACUCCUUCACGAAGUUCCAUCGAAACAUCAUCUCUCCCACCACUCUAUUUUUAGCUGCUAAAGUGGAAGAGCAACCCCGGAAACUUGAACACGUCAUUAAAGUGGCACACGCCUGUCUUAAUCCACAAGAACCUCCACUGGACACUAAUAGCAAUACAUACCUCCAACAAGCACAAGAACUGGUGCUUCUAGAAACCAUCGUGCUGCAAACACUUGGCUUUGAGAUUACUAUAGAUCAUCCACACACAGAUGUGGUGAGAUGUUCCCAGCUAGUGCGAGCGAGCAAGGAUUUGGCCCAGACCUCCUAUUUCAUGGCUACCAACAGUCUACACCUGACCACGUUCUGCCUGCAGUACAGACCCACAGUGGUGGCGUGUGUGUGUAUCCAUCUGGCCUGCAAGUGGUCCAACUGGGAGAUUCCCAUCUCGUCAGACGGUAAACACUGGUGGGAGUAUUUGGAUCCCACAGUCACCCUGCAGCUACUAGACCAGUUAACGCACGAGUUCCUACAGAUUUUGGAGAAGACACCCAGCAGGCUGAAAAGGAUCAGAAACUGGAGGGCCACUCAAGCCGCCAAAAGGUCCAAAACGGAGUGCCAGUCGGUGGAGAGCUCCUUUCAGUCUCCGUCCUCCAGCCAGGAUAGCCUGCUGGUUGACAGUAAAACCGAUUACAUAGGGGCCUUGUAUCAAGAUUCCUCAUCUUUGUUCCCGUCAGACAGCAUGAACGGCUUAGCCAACCCGAGCUCCUCCUACGUCCAGGCUGAUGCCCACUCAAGCUUACAGGGAGUACCGAUCAGCAGCAAGCCGCAGCAGGCGGCCACCAAUAAACUGAGUCUGGAAAAAUACAGGGAGAAACAAGCGGCCGAGCUGCUGCAGCGCCGCAAACACGGCCACCUGCUGCCUGAAACCGCAGCGCUGGCGUCGUCUUCGUCUUUAUCGGCGGUGCUGAUGUCAUCGGCGUCGUCAUCAGGAUCAUCAUCAUCUUCCUCAUUGGCACGGGUUAAAUACAGUCAGCCCGGACAGGAACGGGAGAUGAAGAGUAGCUCACUGAAACGCCGUCACCCUUCAUCCUCCUCCUCUUCCACAGAAAACGGCGCAGCGAGUCAGGAGGAGCUAAAGAUGAAAAUCAAAAUGUCCGAGAGUGGUGGUAAGAGCAGACACAGCCCUCGCUCGGGUCGGGAAAAACACCGAGCUUCAAAACACGACACCACACACUCACACUCGCACACACACGCUCAUGCACACAGCAGCCAUCACAAAGCCCAUCGCUCCUCUAAGAGCCACACCAGCUCCGCCCCCUUGCCUCCAGCCAGCCACGCCCAGCUGGGGAAGAUUGACAGGAGGCCAGGGGAGGGGCAGAGCACUGAUGGUGCGGGUCCUGCGUUACUCAAUGGCCAGCACGUGGACUAUGCAGACACGUUCAAUAUGCUUGACUCGCUGCUCCAUGCACACAACAUGAACUACUAAAGUGCACGCAAUCAGAUUAUUAAAAACUGCAAAAAAGUGUUUUUUUUUUUUCUUUCUUUCUUUUCUUUUUUUCUUCUUUUUUUCCUUUUUCUUUCUUUUUUUUGUUUAAAGUACUUUUAUUUUAGGGCAGUCGGUCCAUUAUUUUCAUAUUCACCUCUUAAUUUAACUAUUGAUGUUCCAAUGAGAGGGGAAAAAAAGAGGAAAAAAGGAAAUAGUUGUUGUAUGUCAGUGUAUCCACAGUUUUAAAGAUUACUAUGUGAAAAGGAAUACUGUUAUAAUGUUUUUAUCCUGGCUGCAGUGAUGGAAGGACAAUGGAUUGUGUGACUUAAGGAAAGUCGCAACAUGUCUAUGUUUGUACAAUAUACUUGAUUUUAUUUUCUUUUUAUAAUGAAAGGGAUGAAUUUUGAAGACCUUGACUGCUAAUGGGAGGUGCAGAUAACCCCUUUCCUCCCCCCCCCUCCCUCUUUUUAAUGCUAUGUCUGUAAUUCUCACAAAGCUCAGGUUUGGAGAUGCUUCAGUGUGUAACGUGACAUCCGUGAACAUAUCCAUUUGGGAUUGUUAAAAAGCAGCAAUUACGGUUUUAUUGAACUCCGAGCCUCUCAAAUCUCCCGCUUUUACCUCUAGCGAUGGUGUGAUGGCAUCUGUCCACAUCGUUCCAUCGCCUUACUGUUGUAAGAGGCUUUCCCUUGGCUUGUUGGCGUUCCCCUGCCCUCCUACCUCAUUAGCCCUUUAAACUGAACCGUGGAAGCCACGAGCGAGCUGUUCAGGUCAGUCAGGUAGGCACGGCAACCCAGAUCAUUUUAGUAAAUUCUCUGCAAAAUCACACCCUCCUAUAAAUCUUGUCUUUUCAAUCAUCAUAGAGGGUCGCAGAAGGCUGAAUUUUAACAGACUGUAGAAAUUAUAUUAAUUUGCCAAGGCAAGGCAUAACCUCAGAUAAUUCUUCCUUAUGGCUUCCUCAGCCAGCUCACCGAAACACUGAGGGGUUCUGUGUCCUACUGUGUGGAAACCAUCCCAAUCUAUGAGGACUGUGUUACAUGUGAAAUGAAGAUGAUGUACUAAUGUUUCUCUUUUAAUACUGCGAUACAGGAUCCAUAUGAUGUACUCUUAAAAAAAAAAAACAAAAAAAAAAAAAACGCUAGUCCUCAGAUUUCUGAAGGAUCCAGUAGCUCAGUGCCUCAGUGUCACACCUCUAUUUUGAGAUCUCUUAAGAAAAUUGAGGGUUUUUUUCCUUGGCUGUGAAGUGCUUUUGUUGUUCUCUUUAGAAUGCCACAGUUCUCUGUAAGAGCCUGGAAUUUGAGUUAAAGUCUGGUAAUGUUGGAUGAUUUAAUCUAAUAAACCACCCUGAGAAACAAAA